GUUCAAGGAUUGCCUGAGGCAAGGAGAUUAAUAGAGCAUCGAAAGGUAUGAACAAGGUUGGAACGAUUAGUAAGCUGGAUGUUUGGUUUCUCAAAACUCAAAGAAAUGUUGUUUCAUGCCUAAAUAUCCUUAUGUUCAAAUUGUAGCUCAGGUGGAACACAUUCUGGUCUCCAGACAUGAUCAAGAAGUGGUCCAGUCGUCUUCGGAGCUCAAGCAUAUGGUUCAUGUUCUUCUGGAAUACAACAAUUAGUUAGGAAGUCAGGAAUGGAAAUCUGGAAGGACAGUUCUAAGUCACACAAUUGCACGAGGCCUGCAUCUGUAGGACGAGUUCCCUAAUAUUCUCUCAUUGUCGUCAUUGUUGGCUGUCACCACACUUGGGACCUAUGAUAUUGCUCUGGAACUGUGAAAUCAUCAUUGAUGGAUGACCUGAACUUGAUAAAAUCCAUUUGUCAGUCUAUCUUUCAUGUGUAAUAUUUGGUUAACAGUUGUGUGUAAUGCUUUGCCCAGUAACAAAGUGUUUAUGCAAUGUAGUCUCGGUGUAAAAUUUAGAAACCAAAUGAAGAGUUUACAUGGGGUUAAGUCAACUCUUUAGACUUUAUGGUUUGUAAAUCAUUAUGAUUGUGAGUUUUCUUGCAUAGCAGGUAGG